UUAGAUAGUGAUUCGUAACGAAACUUUCGUUCGCAUUAUGCAAUAAGGUAGCCGGGCUGAGAAAUAACUAUAAAGAGAGACAGAAAGUAAGAAAAAAAGAAUUUUGUAGGCACAUUGGCUUCUCUUCACUGAUCUGUUUGAAAUAUAGCUAUACGACAAAAUACGGGCAUGAUAUCGUUUAACUAUUGAGAACAUGUGAAUCUUUUCUCAUUUUUUAUACUGUAUAAUUCAACAAAUGGUCUAUAACAAUUUUUCUACAUAAGCAUAAUAUUGCAGUUGUCGUUAUUUGAUUUAGAUUUCACGAUAAAGUCUGAUUAAUAUGGAUGCCAAUGAUCUUGAGUGGACAGCACCAAGUACAAGCAGUGCGAGAUCGAAUUCAUUAUCUCGUUUACAGCAAAGUCCAAUUCUUCAUCGGAAAAGUUCAAGAUUAGCCACAUCGCGCUCCCCAAGCGGUGUGCGAAAUGGAAAGAUACAACAAGCAAGACAGAAUACAGGGGAUAAGAAGAAGAGGAUCAAGAGGUCGGGGGCGUCCAAGAAUAUCAAGGGGUGUUGUUAAUCGACAAGUAAUCAGUCUAAUGAAUGACAGUACGCAAAGUGAUGAAAAUACUGACUCUGUCGCAGCCAGUCACCUACCUUGUGCAAACCCAUUUAAUUGGAGAAGAAGCCGUUCCAGGCUAUCUUCAAAAAUAUUGUAAUACACACAAAAUUGAUUAAGAUCACUUUAACACUUCAAGGUACACUCACUUUUAGUAUCACCUUCAAGAGUUUAAUAAAAGCUUUAAAACUAGUAGACAACUAAAACUAGUAGUAUUUUUCUUAACUUUUUUUGAAAAGCUUUAGAAGCAAGAAUAUUUUUUUCAAAUAAAUUGUUUUCUCUUCUCUCAUAGCACUAGUUCUGUAACCGCAACAACGAGUCAAGACGAUGUUCAUGAACAAUCAAUUGCGGACGAUGAUGAAGUGCAGGAUGAUUUGGAAGAUAGCAACGAUGAUAAUGAGAGUGAUUGCUCCGUUGAAUAUAGAGAUGAUGAAUCAAUAAAUAUUCGCAUCGUUAAUCCAGAAGUAUCAACGGACAGUGAUGAUGUAAGUAUCGACGAAGAACAACAACAAUUACACACAAAUGAUCAAGAAGAAGAAAUGGCAUCUGGAGAUCCAAAUGAAAUAAUGUCAAAAGUAAAUCAUCUGAUUACUCAGACACGUUCGAUGGUUAACUUCAUCCGUAAAUCUAGUAUAAUUGAUGCCUACGUGCGUGAGCAAAUUAAAAUAAAAAAAAUACAAGAGAAUGACGCAGGUGGUGAAAACGUUAAAAAAAUAGCAAAAUGUCGCGAUUUAAUACUGGAUUUCCACGUUCGUUGGAAUUCAACAUAUCUGAUGAUAGAUCGAUUCAUUGAGCAUCGUAACAUUAUUAGCAGUAUUACAACCACACCAACACAGAUACAAGGUCUUCGAAAAAAACAGUACGAAUGUUUAAAAACAUUUGAGUACAGCCAUUAUGACUGGGAUAUUUUGGGCGCAUUUCACCAGACAUUAGGUCCAUUUUAUAACGCGACAACUUUGUUAUCAGGUCGCAGUUAUCAGACACUUUCGAUUGGACAUAUAAUUACAGAUACACUAAAAUAUUUUCUGAAAACGGAAACAAUUGACCAACAAAUAGCAAAUGUAAUCAAAGGUCGACUAUUAGAACAAUUUGAAAUUUAUUUUGAGAAAAAGCUGCCGUUAGAACAAACAAGAAGAACUUUGAUUGCAUCAUUUUUGGAUCCAGUAUCGAAUAAAUACUUAAAUGAAAAAGAUAGAACUGAAGCAGAAUCAGCAAUAAGCCAUGAACUUAAAGUUAGACAGGAUUUACGCCAAUCAUUAUCAUUGCUAACUAUCUCGUAUACUUCGGCACAACAACGGUUGUUACGAACCGCUUCUACCCAUCAACCACUGUCUGCCAUUGACCAUUUUUUAUUAGAUUGUGGAAGAGCUUUACUUUCGUCAUCAGCAACAACAAAAGCAAAACGAUUUACAAUUAAACAAGAAAUUGGACACUAUGUAUCAACAAUAAAAGCUGACACAAAAUUUGAAACGUACUGGAACGAAAAUCAACAACGUUUUCCUCAAAUGGCUACUUUAGUUCGUCAUUAUAAUUGCAUACCUGCCACGUCUGUAGCAAGUAAAUCUUCCUUCAGCGUAGCAGGUUACGUACAAAGAAAACAACGAGCAGUGCUGGCACCUGCAACACUUCGUUAUACAAUGGUUUUACGUGAUGAGGGACUUUUGAUGAAAUUAAAUGAACAUUAA